AUGCUAAUCCGCGACAUCGUCGAGCGGCCUGCCUCGACGCCGACCGAGCCUGGAGCCGCACCGGCCCCACCGCGACCGCCCGCAGCUUCCCGUGGUGGCUUCCCCAUCGCCGCGCAUCGGUCCAAGGGCCAGUCCGCCUUCGCGAGGGCACGCAAGAAUGACGCCGAGCGCCGCGCCGGCGGUCUCUCGACUGGCCAGGGCAGGAUCGUCGAGAACGUUCCGACAGUGGGAGCUGCCUCAAGUGCUCCGGUGAAGGAGGAGGCUACGCCGCUACCUACGCCGGCAACCGAGGAGGAGAAGAUCCGGCGCCAGGUCGAGGCUGAGAACCGCGCAAGGGUCGCCAACAUGUCCCCGGCUGAGAGGGAGCAGGAGGCCGAGGAGCUGAAGGAGCGGUUUGGACCAGGACUCGCCGACCUGAUGCGAAAGCGCCGCGAUGCUAGAGCGCCCCAGCAACCCGCCGCCGCCGCCGCCGGUUCUUCGAGCGCGGCUCCUUCGACCUCAGCUUCCGCUGCGACGCCACCCUCCGCCUCCGAGGAUGCCAAGAUCCUCGAGAGCGCCGACAAGGAGAACCGCGCCAAGGUUGCGGGAAUGUCGCUGGAGGAGCACGCUCAGGAAAUGAACGAGCUCGAGGACCUGUUCGGCGCCGGCCUGCUGGGCAAGAUCAAGGCGAGGGCGAAGGCCAAGGCGGCAGGUCAGCCUGUGCCCGUGUUCGAGCCGACGACUGCAGAGACUUCGGGGCCUAUGGAUGAGGAUCCUACGGAGCAGACUCCCUCUCAGCCUUCCACCGCUGCGGCCGCCGCUGUGAAGACCGAGCCCGUCGAGCCGACCAACACCGACACCGACAUCAAGCCGAGACGCAGCGUGCGUUUCAGCAAGGACACGCGCGACGACGCUCCGACACCAGCAGCGCUGAAACGGUACUUUCCGACCGGGACCGAGAACCAAGCGCAGAAGCUCGAGUGGAUGCAGAACGACAACGAUGUUGCUAUGAAGCCUGCCUCCGACGAAGGGCCCCGGUUCGACCUCGGCGGUGCGCCGCUCAGCGCCGAGGCAGCGGCCAAGCUGCCAACCCACCUGGGUCUGCACCACCACGGCGCCUCCCCGGAUCUGGCGGGUUACACGCUCUCUGAGAUCGUGCACCUGUGCUACUCGACCGUUCCCAGCCAGCGCAUCACCAUGAUCGGUGUGCUGACUAAGGUCAUUCGGCGGUAUCGCGCGGCCGUAGAGGAGGGCGAUAAGUCUGAGUGGGUCACAUUCUGCCGUGAUGAGGACCUGCUGUCCAAGGGCGUCGAUGUGGCCGUAGGCGUACUUGGCGGACACGCGCGCAGCGUCGGUGUCUUCGUCGCAGCCGUCGAGCUGCUGUACGUGACCCUCGGCGGGCCGUGGGCGUGGAUGGACGAUGCGUCUGAGGGCGUUGUCGCCUUCCACCCCGAACCGAGCAAGGACGGAGAACCGACCGGCGUCGCCGCUGUGCCGUGGGACGACCUCGUCCCGCAGCUGCAGAUCACUCUCUCGCUCGAACCUGGCAGCUAUCCCGCUCAGACACUGUCACAGCUCCUGCAGAUCCUGCGCCGGGCCGCUCUCGCCCAGCCGCAGGGGGCCGAGGCUAUCGCACCCCUCGUUCCCGCCGUUGUGCGCACGCACGUCCUUGGCGCGCCAUGGCCACUCGAUCCCGCACGACCGCCGAAUCCGGAAGCGAUGAGCGUGCUGUACGACGUGACGACCUCGUCUCGCUCGGCAGCCGAGGCCCUGCUGGGCCAGAACGUCUAUGCCCCGCUGCUCAAGUUCGGGACAGUCGCCGACUUUGACGAUCCCGCCGUCCAGAGCCUCCUCACUACGGUGAUGCGGACAUUCUACCAGCUGGGACGGUACGGGAUGGCGGCGAGCACGGCGACGAGCGCGAGCGACAUCUGGCGCGGGAUCGGACAGUGGGUUGCCCAGGCUGCCCAAAAGUCCGAAGCGAGGGGACAGAACGUGGUCCGCGCGUACUUCGACCUCCUCAGCGUGUGGACAGUUUGUGCCGUCGACCCGCACCGCACAACUCCUGAACACGAUCUGACGUGGGCCCAGGCGACGGCUCUGCAGUGGCUUGACGAAGCGCUCUCGCUCGUGGCCCCACUCCAGGCCUCGGGCCGGUACGCCGAGCUCGCCUCCGUUCUCUCCCUUGUCGCCGAGACCGUCUCGGGUGCGUCAAUCAACGAACCAAAGCAUGGCGAGGACACGAAGGCCCGCGUGCGCUCGGCACUCCAGCCCCUCGCCCAGUGGGAGCCGCAGGAUCCCUUCGGCGACGAGCGGGAGGGCUUCAACCUGGCGCUCGCGCAGGUGUUCCGCCUCCACGGUCUUCUGGGCGGGUUGCUCGAUGAGAACUCGCUGCAACGCCUCGUCGUAUGGAUCGCGACAACGACGCAGAGCACACCCUCGGACGUGGCGCUGCGCGAUGCCGUGCUCCAGGUCGCGUGGAACGAGGAGAUCCUCACACUGGGUGUGUGGGGAAGCAGUGCUUUCGAUCUCUGUCUCUCGUACGCGCCAGGCGACGAGCCCCAGGCGCUCGGCAUGCUCGACCUCAUCCUCAAGAGUGACUGGACGUCCAUCCCGGGGCAGGCUGCCGAGGCAGUCUCGACGAUCGGACAUAAGGACGGACUCGUCAUCCUCCGUCCUCUCCUCCAUCACGCUGUGCUCCCUUCUCUCGAUCAGAUUUUGGGCCCGACAAGACCCGACUUCCACUACCUGAAACCCACAACGACCCUCCGCCCGCCACCUGCCUCCAUGACCGGGCCAGGUGUGCCCGGCCUCCCUCUCCCGAGCGACUGGGCCUUUGCGCCCCUGAACGAGCUCCUCGCCUCUGGCUCUUCGGACGCCUUCGCGUUGGCUCCGAAGGACUGGGACGCGGGGGAGACGCAAAUCACCCGUGCGACUCUGGCCCUGGCGCUGGUGGAGCAGGAGGAAGGACGGGGACGUAAUGGCAGCGAAGUCGUGCUGAACUGCAUGAAGGUCUUCAUGCUCGAGCAUGGACAGCAGGACGCGCCGAAUACGGAACACGACGUGUUCAGGGACGAUGCGGUGGCCAAGAGCCUGAAGGAGCUGUUGGACUCGACGACUGUGGAUCCCGAGGAGAUCGCGGCCACGCAUGGUCUCAUCGUUGCCUCCUCUCCCGCCGACACCGACACCGCCGGCACCGCCGACCGUGCCAAGGACGUGGCAAUGGAUACGGACGCCACGACAGAGACCGGUAAGGAGAAGCCUGAGGAUGAGCGCUCCGGCCCGCUAGAGAAGACGGCCCUGCCCUUCCUAACCCCCGGCGUACCCUUCUUCCAAUUCUACACCGACCUCAUCGCGCUCUACUCCUCCACUUCAUUCGGGGAUGCUUCCUUUGGCCGCGUCCUCUUUCCUCCGCUCUCUCAACUCUACGCGCCAGACUACAGGCGUCUCUUCUGGGCCGAGUCGGAUGCUCUCCGCUCAGUCCGGACGCCGAUUGCCGCUGUCCCGGCCGAGACGGGGACGCUGGCGGUGUACUUCUCCCCGCUUGAGAGCGAGAGGGAUGUCCUUGCUGCCUACGCUAGGGCUCUCGUUACUGUGUUGAGGGACAGGACGGAGGGCGCUGAGUUCCUCCCCCGAGUCGCUAUCCACCAUCUCGCUGGACUGUGGUGGACCACCAAGGAUGAGGAGCGGAAUGGAGUUAGGGUGCAGCUUAUGGUCGUCAUGCUUGCUAGUGCCACGGAUACGGUGCUGAGGAGGGUGAUCGAGUGGGAUCUCGAGAGGCCGUUGGCAGAUCGGAAGGUUAGUCAGGAGGAAGUGACGAGGAGGGUUAGGGAGAUGGCGCGCUUGACUGGUCCCCGCGGCGUGGCGCGGCUCCAGAACGCCGGUUACGUCGAUCUACUCCAGUGA